AUGUCUUCCGGACGUAUACCAAGGAACAUACCGGUUAUGACCAUCAUACCUUCCUCAGUGCUUCGCCUGUGGCCCAUCGCAAGUAUUGGCGCCGAUGUUGCCCUGCUAUGCUUCACAGCAUUCAUCCUUGCUCUUCUUCCUUACUUCGGCCUUCGCCGGAAUCUCGUUGAUAAAGACGGACACCCAAUUCCCCCUGGGCCAUUGUUACGAUACCCCUUCCUUCGCAGAUAUCCAGAGAAGCCUCUAUUUCGAUGGGCUAAGCAAUACGGUCCCCUGCAUUCUGUGUGGAUGGGCAACCAGCUUUUCGUCGUUAUGAACGACCCUCACGUUGCAAGGGAUCUUCUUGUCACCCAUGGAGCGAACUUCUCUGGUCGAUGGGGAUACUUUAUGAAGAACCAGACUAUUCUCAGUGGUAGGGCGUUAACGGCUUCCCCUUACAACGAGACAUGGAGAAAACACCGGAAGAUAGCAAUGUCGGUACUCAACCCCAAGGCAGCAUUGGGUUAUGCCGAUGGUAUCGAUUACGAGACACACAUGUUCCUUCGCUCACUCCACCGGACAUCGCGGGAUGGCUCCGCCCCCGUUGAUCCCGCCAGCUUUGCGGGGCGAUAUGCCUUGAACAACAUGCUGGCGGUAGCAUUUGGCACGCGUACGCUAUCAACAUCGGAUCCACUUGUAGACGAAGCUAUUCGAUUGGGCAUGGAAUUCAUGGACCUUACUGGUCCUUGGACGAAUAUGAUUGAUUUCGUCAAGCCGCUUCAAUGGAUACCCACCAGGGCUCGAUACAGAGCUCGCAGACUCCACAGCGACUUCUUAUCGGUUUACGGAGCGAUGAUAAAUCGUGUCAAAGCGCGUCUCGACGCAGGUGAACAGGUCUCGGAUUGUUUGGUCAAAACGCUCCUUGAAACCCAAGAGAGCGAGAAACUUAGCUGGGAAGAUAUGUGUUUUAUUGUUAUUGCGUUUACCACUGGAGGUGUACACUCAACUUCUGGUAUCAUCGAGUGGUUCCUAGCACUCAUUCCAUCGUACCCCCAUAUCCAAGCCAAAGCCCACGAAGAACUCGACCGUGUCAUAGGGCGAGAGCAAUGGCCCACAUCAGAAGACGAAUCGAAACUCCCGUACUGUCGUGCUAUCAUAAAAGAGGUCUUGCGAGCACAUGCACCGUUUUGGAUGGGAACACCUCAUUGUUCGGAGGAAGACUUUGUUUACAACGGCUAUUUUAUCCCCAAGAACACCGUCAUGGUCCUAAACGUCUACGCUCUCCACCAUAACGAAGACAGAUACAAAGAUCCUUGGACUUUCAAUCCAGAUCGCUACCUCGGGGAUUCGCUAAACGCCUCAGAGUCGUCUAAGCUUGGAGAUCCUUUUCUGCGAGAUCACUGGGCGUUCGGAGCAGGUCGCCGCAUCUGUCCAGGAAUGGUGGUUGCAGAACGGGAGCUUUGGCUAGCCAUAUCAAGACUGCUUUGGUCAUUCAGCUUCAGCGAAGUCCCCGGAGAACCGAUAACACUGGCCCAGUAUGAGGGACUUUCUGGACGUACGCCACUUCCCUACAGGAUCAACAUAACUCCUAGACAUGAUGGCGUCCUGGAUAUUCUUGCUGAGAGGGAGGAGAUUGCCAUGCGAGAGUGA